AUGGUUUCAAGUAAUGCUCUGCCACCGAGCUCUUCAUUGUCAUCUGAUAAACAUUUUACGUCUCAGGUGCAACCUCCCAAAUCAUCCCGAUUCCCUUCUAACAAGUCUAAACCACCACAACAACGACCACCGCCACAUUCUCCUCCUCGUCAUGGUGGUAAUCUUGCACAACCGCCACCAAAACAACAUGAAAAGUCACCAACAAAGCCAAGUACAGAAUCAACCAAUAACUACCCAAGCUUGAAAUCUCCCCUUGUUAUUGGAAUUUCUGCUGGCGUCGGAGUUUUGAUCGUUUUACUGCUAAUUGCUUGCAUCUGUAGCACCAGAAAGAAGAAGAAGAAAAUCCAUGAUCCAAUGCACUACUAUGCAGAUUCAGGGCCCAAAGAUAGUGAUUAUUAUACUUCCAGUGUGCUGCAACCGAAAUGGCAGAAUGGAAAUGAAGGUCUGCCACAAAGCACACCGAUAGGAGGAUGGCAAUCGCAGGCUCUGUCCACAAUAAUGACAGGAAGUGAGGCAAGCUCUGCAUUUUCAGGUCCCCAUGGGCCACCAUUGCCACCUCCAUCCCCAAACAUUUCCUUGGGGUUUAUCAAGAGCACCUUCACCUAUGAGGAGCUUGCGGUGGCAACUGGUGGUUUCUCUCAGGCCAAUUUGUUGGGGCAGGGUGGGUUUGGCUAUGUGCACAAGGGCGUUUUGCCAAAUGGCAAAGAGAUUGCAGUGAAGCAGCUCAAGUCCGGAAGCAGACAAGGUGAGCGGGAAUUCCAAGCAGAGGUCGAUAUCAUCAGUCGCGUUCACCAUCGUCACCUCAUGUCUCUUGUUGGAUAUUGCAUUGCUGGCUCUCAGAGGAUGCUGAUAUAUGACUUUGUUCCUAAUAAGACCCUUGAGUAUCAUCUUCAUGGGAAGGGGCUUCCAACAAUGGAGUGGCCUACAAGAUUAAAGAUUGCAAUAGGAUCAGCGAAAGGCAUCGCUUACCUGCAUGAAGAUUGCCAUCCACGCAUUAUCCAUCGUGACAUCAAAUCAACCAAUAUUCUACUCGAUCAAAACUUUGAAGCAAUGGUUGCAGAUUUUGGAUUAGCCAAGUUGUCCUCAGAUAAUAAUACACAUGUUUCAACCCGUGUCAUGGGAACUUUUGGGUAUUUGGCUCCUGAAUAUGCGUCCAGUGGCAAGCUAACCGAGAAGUCUGAUGUCUUCUCUUAUGGUGUGAUGCUUCUGGAGUUGAUAACUGGACGAAGGCCAGUUGAUGAUGGAGAUGCAUUCAUGGAUGAAGGACUGGUGGAUUGGGCAAGACAGGUAAUGUCACAAGCAUUGGUUGACGGGAACUAUGAUGAACUAGUAGAUCCACGUCUGGACGAUGAUUACAACCCUAUGGAACUAGCAAGAAUGGUGGCAUGUGCGGCUGCAUGUGUCCGCCAUUCUGCAAAGAGGCGCCCGAAAAUGAGCCAGAUUGUGCAUGCAUUGGAAGGCAACGUAUCACUCGAGGACUUAAAUGAUGGGAUAAGGCACAGCACGAGCAUGCUCUUCAGCUCAGGGUCAGACUAUGACUCAAGCUCGAACAAUUCGAACUCAAACAAGAAGCGACUCAGAAAAGUCACAAUCACAAGCCCAGAGUACAGUGGUGAGUACAGUGGACCCAUCAACGGGCACGCAUACCAUCCUUCGAUAUCAAGCAGUGAAGGUGUGUGUUCUGGUGAGCUAAAUCCAGUUGGGAACCAACCACACAAACCUCACUAG